AUGGACAGGGGCAGCGGCCUCAACAUCAUGUACGCCGAGACCCUGGAUGCCAUGGGCAUCGACUGGACGGAGACCCUCACCUUUGAGGUGGUUAGAUUGCAUGGGUCCUACCAUGCCAUCUUGGGGCGGCCGUGCUAUGAGAAGUUCAUGGCCAUACCCAAAUACAUGUACCUCAAGCUCAAGAUGCUGGGCCCGUAUGAGGUUAUCACCAUCGGCUCUUUCCAGCAUGCCUACCAGUGCCACAUGGAGAGCUGCGAGCUCGCCUUGGUGGUCAUCGCCUCCGAGGAGCUCGCAGUCAUCUGGGAGGAAACUAUGGACGAGGCGCCCAACUACAAGCGGAAUUCCGGAUCCUUUGAGCCCACAGUGGACGUCAAAGGGAUCCUCAUCGAUCCUGACAACUCAGGAAACAAGAGGGUGCAGAUCAGCACAGCGCUCUUUCCUAAAUAG